AUGCAACAAAGGGUUUCCAUAUACUCGAGUUCUGUAUGGUCAUAUGCAUCCUCACAAGGUUCGCCCAACUCAGCUGCAACCCUUACCCCAAGUGUUCGGUACGUUAGUGCUACUAUUUACCUUCUCCGUGGACAUAACUCAAAUUUGCCACUUUUGAGUUGGAGGAAUCGAAUCCAAUUCAUACUCCUUCCCAACCUCCCUCAUCUCACUUAUCAAUCAAAGCAUGAAUACAGAGAAGAGCAGGUUGACCAACAAUGGACUAUCAUCUCCCUUAAGGCAUUGGCCGUGCUUCGUGGACACAAGCUGAAAUAUUUAGUUUUAGUUACAAAGCGGUACAACUGUAAGAUAUGCAACAAAAGGGUUUCCAUCUACUUGAGCUCUGUAUGGUCAUAUGCAUCCUCACAAGGUUUCCCAACUCAGUUGCAACCCUUACCCGCAACUAUUCGUCAAGCUCUAUAUGGUCAUAUGCAUCCUCACAAAGUUCGCUCAACUCGACUGCAACCUUUACCCCCAGGUGUUCGAUACGCUAGUACUUCUCUUAACUUUAUCCUUGGACGCUUCGCCAAUCGGUACAACUGUAAGAUAUGCAACAAAGGGUUUUCAUCUACUCGAGCUCUGUAUGGUCAUAUUCACCUCUCAAGGUUUACCCAACUCAGCCGCAACCCUUACCCCCAGGUAUUCGGUAUAUACAAUAUUGGAGGAAUCGACGAAGGUGUUGCAGACGAAAGCGAAUGCCAUUCAAACUCUUUCCCGACCUCCCUUAUCUCAAUUAUCAAUCAAAACAUAAACACGGAGACCAAUAAUGGACUAUCAUCUCCCCUAAGUCAUUGGCCGUGCUUCAUGAACCCAAGCCGAAAUACUUACAUUUGGCUGCUAAGUGGUAUAACUAUAAGAUAUGAAACAAAGGGUUUCCAUCUACUCGAGCUCUGUGUGGUCAUAUGCAUCCUCUCAAGGUUCACCCAACUCGGCCGCAACCCUUACCCCCAUGUGUUCGUUAGAGGAAUCGACGAAGGUGUUGCAGACAAAAGUGAAUGCCGUUCAAACUCCUUCCCAACCUCCCUUAUCUCACUUAUCAAUCAAAACAUAAACACGAAGACCAACAAUAGACUAUCAUCUCCCCUAAGGCAUUGGCUGUGCUUCGUGGCCCUAAGCCAAAAUAUUUACCUUUGGCUGACAAAUGGUAUAACUAUAAGAUAUGCAACAAAGGAUUUUCCAUCUCCUCAAGCUCUGUAUGGUCAUAUGCAUCCUCACAAGGAGGAAUCAUUAUACGAGAUUGGAGAUCUUCAAUGUGAUGGUUUCAUUGGCCAUGAAGAUGAAGAUGGUGCAAAACGACUUUGA